CUGCAACCUGCUCAGAGCAGAAUAUGCCAGAACACAACAAUGAGCUCCAACAUCACAGAGCCUGGUCUCCUCUUGCCUGCCAACCCAUCACCACGAGUGGCUGGAGCCUACUCUCAAUCCAGUGCGCUUCAUCAAGGAGUCAUUGAAGGAGUCCCAUGGAUGGUGAUUGAUGAGAAUUCCUCUUUCACCAACAGACCCCUUAACUUCACUCCUCAACCUGGGAAUGAAACAGCAGCCCAUGACCCUCUCGGUGGCCACCCUGUGUGGCAAGUUGUCCUCAUUGUUUUACUGACAGGCACGCUUUCACUGGUCACCAUCGUUGGGAACAUACUGGUAGUGGUGUCCUUCAAGGUUAAUCGCCAGCUGAAGACAGUCAACAACUAUUUUCUACUUAGCUUGGCUGUAGCUGACCUCAUUAUAGGAGUAAUCUCCAUGAAUCUCUACACUGUCUACCUUAUAAUGGACUACUGGGCCAUGGGCACCUGGGCUUGUGACCUUUGGUUAUCUAUUGACUAUGUUGCAAGCAAUGCAUCAGUUAUGAACCUUUUGGUUAUUAGUUUUGAUCGCUACUUUUCAAUUACCAGACCUUUGACCUACCGGGCCAAACGGACCACAAAGAGAGCUGGAAUCAUGAUUAGCCUGGCUUGGCUUGUGUCUCUUGUUCUGUGGGCCCCAGCCAUACUGCUGUGGCAGUAUUUUGUGGGUCAAAGGACAGUACCCCACAAUCAGUGCUAUAUCCAGUUCCUUAAAGAGCCAAUCACAACCUUCUGCACAGCAGUGGCAGCUUUCUACCUGCCUGUGACAAUAAUGAGUGUUCUCUACUGGCGCAUCUAUAAGGAAACUCAGAACCGCUCAAAAGAGUUAGCUGGGCUUCAAGGUUCAGAAGGCCGUGGUGGGAUAGGGGGAAGGAUUGGAAAGGUAAGGGGGGAAAGAGCUCGGUUUGUACAUCAGACUGGAAGUUCUAGAAGCUGUGGUAGCUAUGAGUUGAACAGGUUGUCUAAGAGAAGGAGCACAUGCCAAGAGCUAGUUGGGCGAUUCCACUGCUGGCCAGGGGUUCGUUCUUGGAGACCUGGUAGUAUCAGGCAUGGAGAUGGUGAUCCGGACCAGAGCAGCAGUGACAGCUGGAACAACAACGAUGCAGCGGCCUCUUUGGACCAUUCUGGGUCCUCUGAGGAUGAAGACUGUGGGGGAAGAGACAUGAUUUCUAAAAGUCAUGCCAUUUUUUCCAUUGUCCUCACCCUUCCUGGCAUUAAGGCUGCAGUCAACUCUCAUCUUACCUCAUGUGAGGAUUUAGAUGUCGCCUCAGAAGAGGAUCCUCUUAGGGGAGCCGAGUUCAGCCAAGACAGCUUGUCAACAGUCACCACCAAUGCCACUGCUCCUAUUACGCCUGAGGGAACAAACAACAGAGAAAAUAACUACCACCAACGUUUCAGCUCACGUAAGACACAGUCAAUGUCCACCAUUCAAGCUAAGUCUAACCAAGGGUUUCUGGAUGGCACCCCGUCAACCACUGCCACCGACGGCACUACCCCGUGCACAGCCACCAAGUCCUCCUCUGUUCCACUGUCUUCUAAAGAAGCCGCUAUAGCAAAGCGAUUUGCAACGCGAACCCGGACUCAGAUAACCAAGAGGAAACGAAUGUCUUUAGUGAAGGAGAAGAAGGCAGCCCAAACACUCAGCGCCAUCCUCUUAGCUUUCAUCAUCACCUGGACGCCGUACAACAUCAUGGUGCUGAUUACAGCCUUUUGUGAAACUUGCAUCCCAAAGACCCUGUGGGCAGUGGGGUACUGGCUGUGCUAUGUUAACAGCACAGUCAACCCCAUGUGCUACGCGCUGUGCAACAAGACUUUCCGAACAACCUUUAAGAUGAUACUGAUGUGCCGCUGGGACCAGAAGAAAAGACGGAAGCAACAGUUUCAACAGAGGCAAUCAGUGAUCUUCCACAGGGGGAUUCCUAGGGAGUCGACGUAAAAUGACUAUAAAUUCAGUCAGUUGUUGACACAUUUUCAACAUUCAACACAGGACAAUGGAAAUAAAGGUGUCUUUGCCUAAAAAUCCACAAUGUCCUUGUCUGCUGUUUUGCAAAAAUACAGCAACACUACAUGGUGUUCUUGUGAUAUGUAUUUAUGUCAGAGCAUCUAUGUACGUUGUCAAAUGGGUACAUGUGGGAAGGGUUGCCUAAGGUGAAGUCUGCAGAUGAACGUUUUUUUCUUUCUCCAGAAGGAAAUCUCCACCAUUAAACUCUGGUUUCUGCUGGGAGAAGAUGACAAGGAAAUAACAGUAAAGGGCUUUUAAUAUGCAUUGCAGGUGAAAUAUGUAAGUGCAAUUGACACAUAGUAAGCAUGUCCAUGUCACGGUGGAUGAUUUACAUUGCUUACAACUUCCCUCUGUGGUUAGCUGGAUUUGUAAUGUGCAGAGAGGUUUUGCAUAAAAAAACUGUGUAUCUGUAAUAUGUUCCUGAGAGCCAAGGUAAAAAAGGAAUCUUGUGUCCAUUGGCUUCUACCUUUAGUUACUAGUUUGCAGUGACUUCUUCUUGACUGGCAUGUGUUUUUAGCAGAACUUCUGUGGACUAUCUUUCUACAUGAAUAUAGCUUCCCUGUGUAUUAUGGAGUAUAAAAAAGUUAUUAAAAGGUGUCCUUACUCUCACUCACCAGAGAACUGUUAUUUUUGUGAUUUUGAUUUUUAGUUUUCUAGGUACACCAGAAGUACCGAGCCAGUUUGAAAAUGGUACAUUUGAUGAAGUGAAUUGUGAAUAUUCUGUGCAGCACCACAGUCAGUGAACUGCUGUUGUGUUCAGUGUGAUUGUUGUAAUUUUCUAUGGUGAACACAAUAGGUACAUUGGUUGUGUUUUCUGUGCUUGGAGUUUCCUGUCAAAACCAAUGAGUGUACAAUGAUGAAAAGGUUUUGUGCAUUUCUGAUCUAGUAAAACAAGACUAUUUGCAAACACAGGUGUACAUUUUUGAAGAUAUGUUUGUUUGUUUUUUUUCUGGUUUGGUUACUCAAUGAAAUUUCUACAAAGGUAACAAAGGAACAAUUGCGCCCUCUGGGGGCAAAUAUUGUAAUUUCAACAUUUGUACAUUUAGGGUCAAAAAGUUUGAAUGAUUUCAACAUCCAAAUACGAUUGCCAUAAACAUCCAAGGGAUCGAAUCUGUGAUUUUACUUUUUAUUAUAAAGCCAUGCAACGUUUGAUUUGUCAAUAUUUUUUUAAUAAUAGCUUGGGUUAUACAGACAACAAGCAAACAUCACAGCAACUAAAAGCAGUCAUACUGUAUUUGUAUUUGUAAAGCGCAUCCGUCUUUUUUAAAAUCUUAAGUAAAUGUUUUUGCCGAAACAUUUCUAAUAAUGUGCAAAAGAUACUGAAGGCAAAAGAUGAUCUGUAAUAUAACAGGUGUCAUAUGAAGAAAAAUAAAUUGAUAUGGUAAUUGUAGUGUUCAUCUUUGAUUUUAAUUGUGUGCAAAUUGGAUGUCCUAGAAAAAAGAAAACCCUCUGCCAACAGUAGACAUGUCAGCCUGCUUUAAGCAUAAUUUACUUCCAUGUCAUCAUUGAGACAUAUUUAUUUCUCUUUUAAAUUUAUUUAUGUUCAAAUAUACCAAUCAUAUAUAUUUUAAGUAAAUAAACAGAUGUUUUAUGUGUUCAUGAUUGUGUGAUUUGCCUUAAUAUUUUGAUUUUGCUUUCAAUUUUAUU